AUGCGAGUUAUUGUUGAGGCACCCCUCAGGGUGAUAGCUGACGUUCGCAAGGCUUCGGGUGACACUGCUGAUGCUAUAAAGGGUGUUCUCGAUGCAAUUCAGCAACACAUACGAGAGCUUAAAGCAUUAGGGCGUCCCGUAGACUUCUGGGACGAUUGGUUGGUACAUAAUACAGUAAAUAAACUCGCGUUCGAAACCCGCAAGCAGUGGGAGUUAUCGCUUAUUAGCGAUGAACCCCCCACCUUCGAACAACUGACAAAGUUUCUGGAGAUUAGGUGCCGCUCAUUGGCAAUGAUUACCGCGCCUGUUCCGCAGGCAGCAACUAUUAAGCCGACGACGCAUAAAUAUGCGGCGAAAUCAACCAAAGUAUUUCACGCAAUUCCAGAGCAAAACCCCGCGCGCUGCAUGUACUGCAAUGCAGCUCAUAAGAUCUACUCUUGCGACAAAUUUCGUAGUUUAGAUUUUACUGCAAAAUCUAAAUUUAUUAAAGAAUCCAAAGCUUGCUUGAAUUGUUUAAGUCCAGGGCAUUACAAAGAACGCUGUAAUAGCUCAUCCGCUUGCCGAAUAUGUCAUGAACGACACCAUACGCUGCUUCACAGUAAUACACGUUCACCCGCCGCCACAUCGGCUCAUGUCGUCGAUGCCAUCGCUGCCGCUUCGAAUCCCGCAUCUGUAAGCAACCAUGCAACUGGUUCAUCUGCCACCGCUUUAGCAGUGAAUAGCGCUGCUUCACACGUUUCGUCCUGCUUGAGUGCUGGUUCCAUUCCGCUACCUGCAACGCAAAAAUCAGUUAUAUUAUCUACCGCAUUAGAAUUUGUUCAUCGCAAGGCGGUCGCUGUAGAGGCGAAACGCUGCUCACGCUUUCGUCUAAUUGUUCGGAUAAAUGCUACGAUAUUACCGCGCUGA